AUUUGGUUUAGUAAUCUAUCCUAUUUUAUAGGCACGCAUCAUAAUACAGACUCACGCCUAUUUGCCUUACGAGAAUACUCGAAGUUAUGAAGAUAAGUGCUAGUUAAUACUUUCCCUGAGUAAGAGGGCGAAAAGCCUGUAAAGCAACAUUUCUAAAGUUGCCUCUCCAUGUAGCCAGUUUCAUAAUAUAUAAUAUUAAUUCGUAUGAGAAAGACUAGAGAAGCAACUCGAAACGAGACUCGACCAGGUUAAAGGCUCAAAGCUGAGCAACUGCAACUUAAUAGGGGUAGUCUACGCUAUAGAACAGCUGGAUUCGAUUCGUGUACCCCGCCCCUGGACCCUUGGCGGACCCAUCCCCGGAUCCCAUGAACCAAGUAGUCGGAUACUAACCCCGGAUUUCUUCAGGCCUAGAUGUCCUAUCCUCAAGCUGAUGCGGCGAUACUUAAACCCAUGUAUGCCCUCUAAUCUGAACGAAGGGCCUCAGUGCACCUUCAAUACUCCUUAUCUUGCUUCGUAGUAACUAUGAAGAAUCAGCCGCUACUAAGCAAGCCGUUUCUGACUUCUCUAUUCCUCGGAAUAGGUGGCUUUCUCUAUGGCUACGAUUCGGGAAUAAUUACGCCGAGUUUGGCACUGAAGUCCUUCCUGGUUUACUUCGGGCAGCCGGAUGCUGCCACCCGGGGAGCAAUCGUCUCAGUUUACCAAGCUGGAGCAUGGCUUGGCAGUGCUUUGGUUGGUUUUACCAGCGACAGGUUUGGCCGACGAAAGGCCAUAGCGUUCGGAUGCAUAUGGGGUGUCAUCGGCUCGGCGCUCAUGGCUGGAGCUGCCCAUGUCGCUAUGCUCAUUAUGGGCCGCCUCUUAGUCGGGUUUGCGGUUGGAACAGUUACAGGCGUGGCUCCCGUUUUCGGUGCCGAAAUUGCAAAGACACACGAACGCGCGAAGAUCACAGCAGCGAAUCAGAUGAUGGUCGCCUGGGGAUUUUUCGUUGCAUUGUGGACCGGAGUUGGCGAAGGUAAAUGGAGCAAUCCCAACCAAUGGAGACUGGGAUUUGCUAUCCAAGGCGUCCCGGCUGUUCUACUUGGUCUCGGAGUUUUAUUCAUCAGUGAAUCCCCAAGAUGGUUGUGUUUGAAGGGCCGCCACGAAGAAGCGAAGCAAGCUUUCCGCAAUUACCACUACGACGGGUCUAACGAUACGUGGGUUGACGCCGAGUUCACCAUUAUCCAAGUAAAUAUCGAAGAGGAGAGAAAGGCCCAAGGUCGCCUAUCAUGGGCGGACCUUUUGAAGACUCCGGCAUUCCGAAAACGCCUUUUCGUGGGAUCGUUCGUAUGGGCAGCUGCUAUGUUAUCGGGCAUAUCAUUCGUCCAGUACUACCAAACAGCAAUAUACGCAACUCUCCAGUUUGAUCAGAAUGAGCAGCUUCUCGUCAGUGGCCUUUACGGAACUGUCGCGCCUGUGGCUUGCCUGGCAUCUCUCUUCUUCGUCGAUCGCAUCGGCCGAAAGAAGAUAUUAAUAACGAGCUCUGCUCUCCUCUCCCUUUGUUAUUUGAUAAUUACUAUCCUCGCCGCAGUCUAUCCGGCACGUCCCGGGUUUCCCACAAAUGUUUCGGCGCAAAGGGGCCUCAUUGCUUGCAUCUUUGCUGUUUCGGCAAACUAUUCGGCUCUCCUUGGCCCGAUGACCUGGAUUAUUCCUCCUGAGGUUUUCACUACCGAGCUACGAGCUAAGGCGAACGCUUUGAUCCAGGUCAUUCACUACUCUAUUAGUCUAGUCAUCACACAGUGCUCGCCUAUCGCACUCGCAGCGGUUGGAUGGAAAUACUAUAUCUUAUUCAUCCUCACCAAUGCACUUUGCGCUCUAGUGUUUGCCUUUGCGUAUCCCGAGACAAGAGGAAAAUCGUUAGAAGAGAUUGAUGAAAUCUUUGGAGAUGUUAAAGUGUUUUACAAUGGAGGUGCCAAGUUAUCUAAUGACGAGGAGGUCGCCGUCGAAACUUUGGAAGUUGGAGGCAAAAAGGAUUAGAUAGGGGUUGCUGAGAUUCCUCGAAUAAUCUUUUUCUUAUACUGGCAAUUAUGCCUACCCAGGCUAAACCAAUGGUAGAAAUCAGGUGCUUAUUUUUCUCUUUUAAAAUCUAAUAGGGUUGUUUAUGUCUCGAUUCUGAAUCGCGACUCUGAUUCAGGGGUAACACGUCGAGGCUAAUGCUCGUUCUAUUGAUACAUACCUUCUGGAUAUCAGCAUAUGUAUCAGUAUGAUGAAUAUUUCCUUAACUAAUAUAGACUUACAUAAUGCCUUCAAGUUUCAAAGUCUGAC